AUGGCUUCCGUUGAGAAUAAUGUUGAGUCGCAGUCACCUGCAUGCAUAAUCGUUCUGGGUAUGGCGGGGUCCGGCAAAUCAACAUUUGUAAAGAAGCUGGUUGAACAUCUUACCUUGGGCGAAAACAGCCAACCAUACACAGUUAAUCUGGAUCCAGCUGUGUAUCACCUACCUUAUUACGCUAAUAUAGAUAUUAGAGAUACCGUGAAGUUCAAAGAAGUCAUGAAACAAUAUGGUUUUGGUCCAAACGGAGCGAUCAUGACAUCGUUGAAUUUCUUCUCUGCACGUUUUGACCAGGUUCUAAAUCUUAUUAACAAAAAUGCUUGUCGUUAUCGCUACGUGGUUUUUGAUACGCCUGGUCAGAUUGAGGUUUUCACAUGGUCCGCUUCAGGGAUGAUAAUAACCGGGGCAUUAGCAGCUUCGUAUCCUACCCUUGUGGUCUAUGUACUGGAUACGCCUCGCAGUCAUAAUCCUGUUACCUUCAUGUCAAAUAUGCUCUACGCCUGUAGUGUCUUGUAUCGAAUGCAACUACCCUUCAUAUGCGUUUUUAAUAAGACGGAUAUAAUUGAGUGUGAUUUCGCAAUGGAGUGGAUGCGAGAUUUCGAGGCCUUUCAGAGAGCGUUGGACGCCCAGCGUUCCGCUGCACUGGACGGAGUAGACAGUGUGGACGGGCCUCUUGUGGACUGCGACUCAUCACAGUAUAUGACCAGUCUUACCAGCUCCAUGGCUCUUGUUUUGGACGAGUUUUACAACGAUUUGAAAAGCUGUGGUGUCUCCUCAGUCUCUGGUGAUGGCAUGCCACGCUUUCUUGAACUGGUAAAGGACGCUAUAGUGGAGUAUUAUAAUGAGUAUUUACCAGCACUUCAAGCCAAAAAUGUUUCCCGAAAGUAUCACAAGUCUCUUCUAACUCGAAAAUGCGGCGAUGUAGACGACGAAAGGGGCAGUGCAGUGGACAGCGAUGAUGACGAAGAGGAGGAUGCCGUGGAUGAAGGGAGAGGAAGACGUUGUGUGAAACCCAUGCUGGUGGACUUGGUGGGCCACGACGACAACGCUGACUCUGAUCCCCUCGUCCAUCUGGACGGAGUCGAGCAGAAGCCCGAUGAUGUUGACCAAAUAGAUGACUUUUCAAAAGAAGUGUACAAUAUCACCAUCCGUGCAACCAUCGUAGACAUCUCAGCUCUUCUUUUAUGUACAGUUACGGUACCUAAUAAAAUUAUGCUCGAUGUGAACAAACGCUGGAUGAUGCCUUUUUCAGGGAUGAUGACUCAUCUGAGUGGAAUAGAACGGGCAAUGCUUAAGCGUCUGGCGGAGCAGGAGGGACCGCACUUCCGCCACCAGACGCGUGACGAGGUAUCACUCACGGUGGAGGAGAAAAUCAAUCUGGCUGGUGACCUGCUCAAGCGCAAUCCCGGCGAGUUUCUCGCACGCCACUACAGAUUUCUUAGCUGGCCAGAGGAUGCCGAGUGUUUCCGCGACCUCUGGGACAACUACACCGUGCGGUACUACCUCAAGGAGGUGGUCGGAAUUUCCUCUCCCUCUUCGACUUCGGCCGAUGCGGAGAUCGCGAAGGUGGAGUGCGAGGCUCAUAGGCGAAGGAGAAAACUGCAUGUCAAAAACCGACGCCUGGUGGCCUUGCGCAGAAUGGAGGCGGAGGCGAAGGCGGACCCGACAGAGGGCUUCUUCUCGCAUGAGCAAAUGCGUGAGCGCGCGCCGGAAUUGUGGGAGCACAUGGUUGGUCGAUAUCUCACGAAUACUGAUAGGCGUGCCCUUUUGGGUCACCAAUACGAGUCCUUCAGUGGUAUGCUCCUCUCCCAGUUGCUCGACACUGAACAGAGGCUCGACAUUCGACCUGAAAACCUCGAGGAGGAUUCUGAUGACUCUGAAGAAGGCACUGAAUCUAACCGAGACCGGCGGAAAUCUCAGAAAGGAAGAGUGAUCGCGGAGCAGGAGCGGUCGCGGCAGGAGUUUAGGGAGCUGAUGCAUUUCCACUUCCUCGCUGGACUUGACAAGGAAUUUGACUAUGAUGCCAUCGACAAUGACUCAGCACUUGAUGAUGAAAUGGAAGAACUAGCUCAUGACGCGGAGGACGUCUACUUUGACUCCGAGAGUCCUUCCGCAGCCCCUUCCGAUGAUCAUUCAAACUUGACACUCAGCGCAGACUGCAUAGGCGAUCACACUUUACCCCAUUGA